ACAGGACGCCCUCCUUGCGCGCACAGUCCCUGAAUGCGCACCCGCAGUCUUCAUGCUGCCGGCGGGGUUAGGGCUGAAGACCAGGGCUGGGGGCUCAUUUCCAAAAGGCGCCGAGAUUGUGGGAAUGACUACGGAGUCCCCAGCCCCUCCAGGCACGUCGCUAGCCUCAGGAGGACAAGGAAACUUUACCCCUACAAGGGGCUGAGAACAGUCUCCACAUACCCUCGGGGCCCGGUCCGCCCCUUCCUCCCAUCCUCUUCCUCCUCCCUUCAGUCCCUCCCCCUCCUCCCCUCUCGCCGGCGGCUGGAGGCAGCAGGUCCGGGCGGGGCCGCGCCGCGGAGCCCACAACCUCGAGCUCCCGCCCCGCCGCCGCACCCCGCGGGACGAGCUGCGGAGCCCGGCUUGGGGACCAGCAUCCGUGGCACGGGGCAUGAAGUUGGGUGCGCGCGGGUCCCCGAGCGGAGGCGCGGCACAGCUGGGAGCCGCCCUCGUCUAGAUCCCGCUCGGUGCGCCAUGGAGAUCGGGGGCCCCGGGGCGCCGCCGCUGCUGCUGCUCCUGCCGCUACUGCUGCUCUUAGGGACCGGCCUCUUGCCUGCUAGCAGCCACAUAGAGACCCGGGCCCAUGCGGAGGAGCGGCUCCUGAAGAGACUCUUCUCUGGCUACAACAAGUGGUCUCGGCCAGUAGCCAAUAUCUCAGAUGUGGUCCUUGUCCGCUUCGGCUUGUCCAUUGCUCAGCUCAUCGAUGUGCAUCAAAGGCUUCUGAAGUGUGAUGACCACAUGCAGCUGGAAUGGAAGACCCAGGAUGAGAAGAACCAGAUGAUGACGACCAACGUGUGGGUGAAGCAGGAGUGGCAUGACUACAAGCUGCGCUGGGACCCUGAUGACUACGAGAAUGUCACCUCCAUCCGCAUCCCCUCUGAACUCAUCUGGAGGCCUGACAUCGUCCUCUACAACAAUGCGGAUGGGGACUUUGCAGUCACCCACUUGACCAAAGCCCACCUGUUCUAUGAUGGGCGUGUGCAGUGGACACCCCCGGCCAUCUAUAAGAGCUCCUGCAGCAUCGAUGUCACCUUCUUCCCCUUCGACCAGCAGAACUGUACCAUGAAGUUUGGGUCCUGGACCUACGACAAGGCCAAGAUUGACUUGGUGAGCAUGCAUAGCCGUGUGGACCAACUGGACUUCUGGGAAAGUGGGGAGUGGGUCAUUGUGGAUGCUGUGGGCACCUACAACACCAGGAAGUAUGAAUGCUGUGCUGAGAUCUAUCCUGACAUCACCUACGCCUUCAUCAUCCGCCGGCUGCCGCUGUUCUACACCAUCAACCUUAUCAUCCCGUGCCUGCUCAUCUCCUGUCUCACCGUGUUGGUGUUCUAUCUGCCAUCGGAGUGCGGCGAGAAGGUCACACUGUGCAUCUCGGUGCUGCUCUCUCUCACCGUCUUUCUGCUGCUCAUCACCGAGAUCAUCCCGUCUACCUCGCUGGUCAUCCCGCUCAUUGGUGAGUACCUGCUCUUCACCAUGAUCUUCGUCACCCUCUCCAUCGUCAUCACAGUCUUCGUGCUCAAUGUCCACCACCGCUCACCACGCACACAUACCAUGCCCGCCUGGGUGCGCAGAGUCUUCCUGGACAUCGUGCCUCGCCUCCUCUUCAUGAAGCGUCCAUCUGUGGUCAAAGACAACUGCCGGAGACUUAUUGAGUCCAUGCACAAGAUGGCCAAUGCCCCUCGUUUCUGGCCAGGGCCUGAGGGCGAGCCCGGCAUCUUGAGUGACAUCUGCAACCAAAGCCUGUCACCUGCCCCAACUUUCUGCAACCCCAUGGACACAGCAGUUGAGACCCAGCCUACAUGCAGGUCGCCCUCCCACAAGGUCCCUGACUUGAAGACAUCAGAGGUUGAGAAGGCCAGUCCCUGUCCGUCACCUGGCUCCUGUCACCCACCCAACAGCAGUGGGGCCCCAGUGCUCAUCAAAGCCAGGUCCCUGAGUGUCCAGCACGUGUCCAGUUCCCAAGAAGUAGCAGAGGGUGGCAUCCGCUGCCGGUCUCGGAGCAUCCAGUACUGUGUUUCCCAAGAUGGAGCUGCCUCCCUGGCUGACAGCAAGCCCACUGGCUCCCCAGCCUCCCUGAAGGCCCGUCCAUCCCAGCUUCCAGUGUCAGACCAGGCCUCUCCAUGCAAAUGCACAUGCAAGGAACCAUCUCCUGUGUCCCCAGUCACUGUGCUCAAGGCCGGAGGCACCAAAGCACCUCCCCAGCACCUGCCCCUGUCACCAGCCCUGACACGGGCAGUAGAAGGCGUCCAGUACAUUGCAGACCACCUCAAGGCAGAAGACACAGACUUCUCGGUGAAGGAGGACUGGAAAUACGUGGCCAUGGUCAUUGACCGAAUCUUCCUCUGGAUGUUCAUCAUUGUCUGCCUUCUGGGCACUGUGGGACUCUUCCUGCCUCCCUGGCUGGCUGGUAUGAUCUAGGGACAUAGCAGCGCCCAGCUCCCAGGUCUCUGUAGGGUUAUGCGACUCGUCAGUCACCCACAUCUUCCAAACCAGCCAUGAGACACCUAGGAGAGAGAGAUGCUGCUUUUUGUGAGCUGGAAGUUGGCCCUGGUUCUAGUCAGGCCAUAGGCCUGGUUGGAGCUAGUUGAGGGCUGAUACAGUUGCAGGCUGAGUCCCCAUUAAAGUUUCUCCAGAGCAA